AAUUUAUAAAUGAAUCCUAACCCAUACCACCCAUUCAACAGAUCAAACUCAAUUUAUGCUUCAGGAGAUUAUAGCCAGAUCAACCCUUUCGCUCCUACAGUUAGGCCAAAGAAUUCAGAGGAGAAAAUAGCAGCCAAACCUUAUGUGCAAUACACUAAGUCGAUGAGGUCUCAAGAUAAUUUUGUCAUGAGGAGUUUGGAUAAUGGAGGCAUGCAGCCUAACUUCUUCUGUUGUAACAAUUUAAUGACUGGUUCUAACACAUUCAACAACAAUUUCCUGCCUAAUAUGAAUAUUAUGCAGAAAUCUAACGAUUUCGGCAUGAUCAAUGAUUCCAUUGAGCAUCUUGAUAAAGCCAAGAAGAGAACUAGCAAGAAAGGCAUGAACAACCUAGCUCCACUAAAUUCAAACUCAGAGGUGUUGAAUAAGGAAGUAGCCAACCAAAUUCCUAGAGGUGAAAAUUUAGCGAAUAAUCAACCAAAAUUCUCGACUCUUUUGAGCAAGCCCAGGAUGAGAUAUACACAAAUGAAUUCAAAAUCUGCUGAUUUCAAUGACUUUAUCCUUUCCAGGUCUGGUCAAUUCAAUAGCUGGAUGAUGAGUGGCAGAAAUUUCCCUACAAAUAUGAAUUUCGGAGAUAGAGCAAGCGAGGUGAGCUACGGAAGAAGAAACAGUGGUGAUGUUCAACCUCCAAGUACUUUUGAAACUAAGAAAACUAUUUUGAACAAUACUUUAGCUGAAAUAGAACCUGCUGAUAGAGCUUCAGGCCUAGGCGACUUUGGCAAUGCUCAAGGCUCAAAUUUCUUCAGUGAGAAAUUGGAAAGCUUGGAAAAGUAUCCAUUUUCAUUCGAGGAUUUACAAUCAUUUCCAAUUCCACCAAUCCCAAAGGAGUACAAACCUUAUAACAAGCUUUAUGCUCCCAGUAAAUAUGAUGAAUUCAUCGAAAAACUUUUAAAGGAAGCAGACUCACUCAUCUCUAAUGAACAAAUAGAAAGAGCAAAGGUGUUAUACCUUCAAGUCAUCAAGCUAGACCCAUACAUGGGUGAUAUCUGGAGGAUCCUCGGAAUGAUCUAUUACAAUGAGGGAAAGUAUCUGGAAGCAUUCAACUGCUUCCAUGGGUAUGUCUUCCACAGGGACACAGAGGAAGAAGAUCCUGCAUUCUGGCUCCAAAUGUGUGAUGUAUAUAGAAAAAUUGAGCUCUAUGAUCACUCCACCACCGUCCUUAAUAGUAUUCUCAGUAUGAAAUGUGACAAACAGAUAAUCCUAAAGACUUACUAUACUUUGGGGGCAAUUUACUGUGAGAUCUACGAACUUGAGAAAGCAAUAGAAGCUCUCAAGAAGGCUCUCAAAGUGGACAACAUCAGCAAGCCGGCAGCCUUCAAAAUCUGGCUCAUGAUGGGGCAAAUAGAAGAGGAAAAAUCUAGCUAUGGCAAUGCUAUAGAAUGAUACAAAGAAGCCCUCACCCUUGAAGUCAAUAAUAGGAAUGCUUAUGCAUACCUUGCUUGGUGAUGAUUCAAAAUAAAAGACACUAAGCAAUGAAAUGAAUACAUACAAGCAUUGAACGGCUCCAUAAGUGGUACAAUAGACGAAGAAGCCCUGGUCUGUAGAUAUAUCCAAGCUAGAAACUUUGCUGAGUCAUACAGUACCCAUAAUUCUUGCAAAGUUCUCAAGGAUUGUGUGAGCAAUGACCCUAGAAACCCUGCUUUCCUCUGUUCCCUCUCAGUAGUCUUAUUUGAGACUAAUGAGGUGGAGGAGGCACUCACAUAUGCGAAAAGAGCGGUAGAAGAAGAUGAAUCAAUCCCUGAGAUUCUUUUCAAUUACUCAGUCCUUCUUGAAAGAAUAAGUAGAGAACAAGAAGCAGUUCAAUAUUAUGAGAAAUUAGAGAGAUUCCUCAAAUUCGAAGAUUUUGCUAAGAGUAGGCUAGAAAUUAUUAGAGAAGGAAAAGAAAAACUACCAGAGAAUUCUCUUAGAGAAAGAGUUGUCCAUCUCAAUCAUCCUACUAAUAUCAUGAAGGAAGGCCUUAAGAUAUAUAAGAAGAAGGUAAGCCAGAGUUCAAAACAGAUAAAACAGCAAUUCAAUACCUUGAGCACGAAAAAGAUGAGCCAUCAGUCAAAGUCUCCUGAUAGAACAGUAAGGUUCGAUAACAUAGCUUCAAGCAGAGGCUCAAUAGACUCUGAACGGAAGGUAGACUAUCCAUUGUCUUUAUUUGGGAAGAGCUUUAAACACAAAGCGAAGAAAUCUCAAGAGAUCCAGGAAGAUCUUUCUGCUUCAAGCAAGCCUAAUGAUAAGAUGAGCUUCAUUGAAAAGAUGCGUAGCACUGAGAGGAAUAAGAUUAAGAAUAACCCUCCUCCUUCAAUAUUCAACUUCAAGCCAAGACCAAAGUGCAGAAAAUAAUUCUUCAAAGGGAUCUCCUAAUAAGACAUUUCAAGGCUUCGAUUCCACCAAUAAAGGAGGAAACCCAAAAACAGAAUCAGAGAUCAGCUUUGGCCAAAAUAACAUGAAAUCAAACGAUUUUCUCACAAUGGUGACCACUUAUCUAGAGAGGCAUGAUCCCAGCAAGAAAAGGGAAAACACUCAAGAGAAGACCAAGGAAUUUGAAAGCCUCAUGAUGGACCUCCAGAAACUAUGAAGCGGGUAUAAUCAUAACAAAGAAGACGAUACAAAACCAAAAGGAACAUUGGAUAUGACUAAAAAGAUAACCCCUACAUUCCAAACCAAAUCAUUAGAUAACAACCAUAGCGGAGACUUUGGUGCUCCAAAAGACUCAUAAAUAAAUUCACUCCAA